AUGUCGGCCAGCAUUCCCAUCCGCAUCAACACGGCAGAACCUCCCUUCUACCGCAAACAACACAAACAUUCGAGAUCCUCCUACUCGGAAUCCUCUCCUCUAGCUGGCUCUAGGAACAACUCCCUAACAUUUCGCCCUCCUAAGCGAUUCAUGUCCUCUCCAGACAAGACCAUUGCCGUCAUCAACGCCAGUGGCCGUCAAGCGGCUUCACUGAUCCGUGUCGCAACUGCCGUCGGAUACCAUGUUCGAGCCCAGCUUCGCAAUAAGGAGGGCGUGAUUGCUACAGAGGUCGCGACGAAUCCAAAUGUCACCUGUAUAGUCGGUGAGCUUUACACCAGACACCAGCCCACAGAAGCCAACAAGGAUGUUACUCAAAACGGCCCUCUCUCCGGUGUCGGUGUAAAUCACGACCUCAUCAACAACCUCUUCCGCGGCACUCAGCUCGCCUUCAUCAACACCACUUUUUACGGCGACGAGCUUGCCAUUGGCAAGGCUCUUGCUGACGCUGCCAAGAAGGCCGGGGUUCAACACUACAUUUACUCGUCCAUGCCCGAUCACGCCGCUUACAACAAAAACUGGCCCUCCCUUCCGCUCUGGGCGGCCAAGCACAAGGUUGAGGACUACGUGCGCCAACUCGACCUACCCGCCACUUUUGUCUACACUGGCAUCUACAACAAUAACUUCACAUCUUUGCUCUACCCGCUCUUCUGCACCGAAAUUCAAGACGAUGGCUCUUUUGUAUGGCAAGCGCCUUUCCACGAAGAUGCGAAGCUCCCCUGGCUCGACGCCGAGCACGAUGUCGGCCCUGCCAUUCUGCAACUUUUCAAGGACGGCGUUUCCAAGUGGCGAAAUGAGCGCAUUGCCCUAGCGUACGAAUAUCUGACACCCAAAGAGGCUUGCGAGGUCUUUUCUCGCGGCGUUGGUCGCCCUGUGCGCUAUGUCCGCGGCCCCAUCGACAUCAAAGUUCGUAUUCCAGCCGGCUAUAGAGAGCAGCUGGAAGCUUUGGAAAAGCUCUUUAGCCCCGACGAGAAAGACCCCAAGAAGCAGCCGCCCUACUUCGGCUGUGCCAGGUUGGAAGCCAACUGCCCCGCUGAGGCGUUGGAACUAUGGGAAGGGCCCCGCGGCCUCGAGGAGUACGCUCGCGAAAUGUUUCCUCUCGAAGAGGAAGCGAAUGGCUUAACAUGGAUGUUCGAAGACGACGAAACGGAUGGUGGUGACGAAAAACUACAGUACGCUACUGUAGCGGUCGAGCAGCUGCGGCUACAUGACGACGACGCAUUCGAUUCCGACGACGACGAAGAAGACGGCCUCGUCAUGCGGGGCUUGAAGCGAGACGAAGAGCAGUGGCUAGCAUAG